CAUCACUUUCUCUCUCUCUCCGAAAACAGAAACACUUCCUUCCGCUAAAGAUUGUGGAUAAGUGCAGGAGUCGCCUUUCUUCCACCUGUAAGUCUUCAGUUGCUGACGUAAGACUUAAGCUGAUAAGAUUUCGUCACUUAUCUUCAGUCUCUUUACAGAAUUAUGGCUGAGAUUCCCGUAGAUUCUUUGCUACAGUGCCUCGUGGAAUGUUCCCAGAAAGCAGCAAAGAUAGCUCAGAUUUUUCGAGACGAGGAGGACCUAUUUGGAUUGCUGGUGGAGAGGAAAUCAGAUAUAAAGAAGAAUAAACAGCUGAUCCAAGAUUAUAAGACACUGGCUGACGUACUGGUGCAAGAGACCAUCAAGAAGGAUGUCGGCGAAAAAUUCCCAGCUGUGAAAUCAAAAAUUCAAGGAGAGGAACAGAAUCAGUUUCAGAACGCACUUGGAGAAUCAAUAUUAGUAGAGCUGACAGACUCUCCAGAUGACACAGUGAACUUACUGUACAAAGUUUUAGACGGAAGAGAGAAUGUUGCGAAACGCCUUGCUUCAGUUGUGCAUUCCUCGAAAGCAAUGGACACAAAAGAAUAUUCUUCCAGCUCAACUAUUCCUGCUGAUACAAUAGGAAUAUGGAUUGAUCCUAUAGAUUCUACAGCAGAGUAUAUUCAAGCUAAAAGUGAUGAAACAGAAGAUCAUAAUAUACAAACGUAUGGAUUAAGGUGUGUCUGUGUUCUGAUUGGUGUUUAUUGCAUACAGACUGGAAAUCCAAUUAUAGGAGUGAUUAAUCAGCCUUUUUACAAGAAAGAAGAAGCAUCUUCAGAGUGGGAAAACAAAUUCUUUUGGGGCAUAAACUACAACACUGAAACUGCGUCUUCCAUCACAUGGAAUGAGGAGGAUAAAGAAAGGACGAAAAUCAUAGUAAUUAGCAGUAGUGAAAGUGAUGAGUUACAGGAUGUUAUGAGAACUAAAUAUACUGUUAUCCAUGCAGCUGGAGCUGGAUAUAAAGCCUUACUUGUUGCAACUAUGAAAGCAGAUUUGUAUAUUUUAUCACAACCAAAUACCUAUUUUUGGGAUACCUGUGGACCCCAUGCAUUACUUUCUGCAAAAAAUGGUGGAAUAGUAAAUUUUCAAGAUAAAACGGCCAUCAAGAAUAAGGAUGAAUUAACAAAUUUCCAAAUUAAAUAUUUCCCAAAUAAAGACGUUACUGGUACUCACAGGUUCCAAAACUUUAAAGGUAUCAUUGCUUACAGGGACUCUAAUGAUGUCAUAGAAUUUUUUAAUUUGUUGAGAGAAAAUGGAUAUUAUUUUAAAACUUUAAAAAAAAAUGAAAUAAAAUAUUUAUUGUAGAGA